AACGGAGUCAGCGAGAUUCCAGUUAGGGUAGGCUAGGACCGGACACCUUAAGCAAGAUGGCGCUUCCCCUGUCGCCAGCUAAAGUGACGCUCCGAUAAUGCAAUGAGUAUUGAAUAUCUCCUAGGGAAUAUAGCAAGGAUUCUGGAUAACUAUGUGCAGCCUAUUACGUCAUGUUGCAUUGAUCUACUCUAAAGACAGAGCAAGAGCAUAACUUGACUAAUAUUGCCACUGGACGAAUGCCAGGGUAUGUCAGAGACAAAACCGAAAACGAUGUUGAAUAAAUAACCGAAUCACGUCGAUAAAGCAGUUCUAUUUUCUGGCUCAUCAUCAUCAAACUGGUUGGAUGACGGAGAAGAAAAGCGUGCGACGGGAGAUACAACUAUGCCUAUCUAUCGUUUUUUAAUCGUCCGCCAGUCAAGUGAAUGGCUGCGGUAUCAAAAUCAAAAACAAAAACCGAAGGGAAUGUUUGUCAACAUCUGUUUAUUGAUCGGAUGUGAAGGAUCAGACAGAACAGCGCGCGCACUGCGUCUCAGGGGUGUCAAUGAGAAAUAGCUAAAAAUGCAGCGUUCGAUUUGACUAGCAUACAAUCCUUCGGCUAAAUGUGCUUUAGUCAACAUCUGAUAUAUUUCCAUGUUGUAUUUUGGUAAACCCUGCCUGCUGCCGUCUCAAGCCUGAAGAGGAGGGAGGAUGUUCGUGGCUCUCUCUGUGAUGGUCAUGUCUUCAGCCUUCUUUAAUCCCAGUUUUGCCUUCAAUUCCCAUUUUGACUCAGACGGCGCUCCGCUGAGUGAGCUGUCGUGGCCGUCCUCUCUGGCGGUGGUGGCUGUUUCCUUCUCUGGGCUCUUCACCUUCGUCUUCCUCAUGCUGGCCUGCCUCUGCUGUAAGAAGGGACACAUCGGGUUCAAAGAGUUUGAGAACACAGAGGGAGAGGAGUACCAGGCGGACCUGACCUCGUCUCGUAAUGGACCUGAAGUCUACAUCCUCCCACUCACUGAGGUCUCCCUGCCCGUCUCCAAACAGCCCGGACGAUCCAUCCAGCUGUUGAAAUCGUCAGAGCUGGGUCGCCACAGUCUACUCUAUGUGAAGGAGAUAGGACAUGGUUGGUUUGGCAAGGUUAUCCUGGGGGAGGUGAAUGCAGGGCUCAGUGCCACCCAGGUGGUGGUCAAGGAGCUGAAGGCCAGUGCCAGUGUCCAGGACCAGAUGCACUUCCUGGAGGAGGCACAGCCAUACCGUGCCCUCCAGAACCCAGCCCUACUGCAGUGCCUGGCACAGUGCUCAGAGGUUACACCCUACCUACUAAUCAUGGAGUUCUGUCCACUGGGCGACCUGAAGAGUUACCUGCGCAGCUGUCGGGCGGCUAACUCCGUGACCCCUGAUCCCCUGACCCUCCAGCGAAUGGCAUGUGAGAUCGCCUCGGGCCUACUGCACCUGCACAAACACAACUUCAUUCACAGUGACCUGGCCUUAAGGAACUGCCUUCUGACCUCAGAGAUGACAGUAAAGAUAGGAGACUAUGGCCUCUCACACAGCAAAUACAAGGAUGACUAUUUUGUGACCCCAGACCAGAUCUGGGUGCCGCUGCGUUGGAUCGCCCCAGAGCUCAUAGACGAGGUGCAUGGUAACCUACUGGUGGUGGACCAGACCAAGGAUAGCAACGUCUGGUCUCUGGGAGUGACUAUCUGGGAGUUGUUUGAGCUGGGGAACCAGCCGUACAGACACUACACUGACAGACAGGUCCUGACCUACGCUGUGAAGGAACAGCAGCUCAAACUGACCAAGCCCCGGCUCAAAGUACCGCUGGCUGAGCGCUGGUAUGAAGUGAUGCAGUUCUGCUGGCUGCAGCCAGAGCAGAGACCCAACAGUGAGGAGGUACACCUCCUCCUCACCUACCUAUGUGCAAAGGGGGCAAGUGCGGUCCAGGAGGACUUUGAACAGCGCUGGAACUCCCUGAGACAGAACCUGACUGGCAGCUCCACCCACAGCCACAACGCCCCAGCCCACACCACUGUCCCUGCCCCAGCCCGACCACCUAUCCCUGGGGACGUGAAGUUGGAGCCGGCCUCCACCUCCCGCAACUCCUUCCCCCUUCUAGAACACUUCUCCCAGGACAGCUUCCACUCCGACAGCGGUGACGACAUCCUGACCGUGACAGAGACCAGCUACGGGGGGCUCAACUUUGAGUACAAGUGGGAGCAGGCGAGAGCCGAGCAGCCAUACUGUUCCUCAUCCACCAGCGGGCCUCUGGGCCAGGGCAACCCACACUACCAGGACGUAUACUACCCCGUCGGGAACACCUCGACCUCGGGCAGCUGUAAAGGGGACGGGCUCACUCUGGGGGUCUCCCCAUCCUACUACGAGUCGGACCAUUCCGGGUCAGGGUCAGGGUCGGGGGUAGGAGUGGUGCCGGUGUUGAGCGCCCACAGCCCUUCGGUCAGCAGUGAGUACUACAUCCGUAUUGAGGAGCCGGUGGAGUGUAAUAUCAACCUGGAUGGUAGUGUGGUGGACUACAGCCCCGGGUUGGAGGCUGAGGCUGGUAGCCUCUCCUCAGGGAGCAGGAUCCCAAAGCCCCAGCCCCAGCCCCAGCCCCAGUCAAGUGCCAACUGGUCAGCAGCAGCAGGCGACAGCAGCGGGGAUAAACACAGUACCAAUGACUCUGACAAUAGCCCGGCCGUGUCCCUGACCAUGGAGCCUCUCCUGAGACAGACAGCCAGCACAGCCAGUCCCGUGGAGCUGGGGCGGUCCCAACAGUACUUCUCACCCAAUCAGAGACAGCCUUUCUACUGUGAGCAGUCGCCCAUUCGAGAGACGUGUUGCCAAUCAUCAGAGGACACGCCCAUAGCGUCCCAGCAGAACCUGCGUCAUCCAAUGGGGAGGCUGGAAACCCCUCUGGGGGUGGGGUCCUCCCACUCCCAGUGCCUGAGUAGUCCUAGUCUGGGACACUGUGACCCCUAUCUCGAGGCUAGCCAAGGCUUCACCACCACAGCCAGGAGUACGGUUAGUGAAGGCUACUAUGACAUGAUGGCUCCCCUCAGAAAGACUCUACCCAUGGCUAACCAUAUUAGCAUCGACGUGGUGACAGGCGACGGGGGACUUUUGGUGGGGGGCAGGAGAAGAGGAGAAGGGGACACUGGGGACCUCUUCUCCGAGAGAGAAGCCACCAACUGGACCUCCAACCACUCGGCCAAUAACAACAGCAUGACCUUUGACCUUAGGCAGACAGGCCAAUCACAGGACAGCUAUCUGGACCUCCAUUACAUCAACACUGCGACACACUCCGCUACUGUAACAGACUCGUGGCCUGCUGCUUCGGCUAACAGUAGCAAUAUGCUCCAACACAGCUCCAGAGCCUUCGGCUACAUGGAGGCCACAGGGAGAGAGAGCGGCGUCUGCUCUUCCUCUAGCAGACUCAGUGAGGGCAGUAGUGCUACUACAUAUAUUCACCUGUGCCACAGAGCUAGAGAUGAACCUGUGUGUCUAGGUCAUCUAAGAGGUGUUCCUGUUGACUCUCUCUCCAGCUCUUCUGUUGAGGUCAAGAAUGUUAACCUCAAAGGUGGUGUUAAGGACGGCGUCCCCACAACCAAAACUACAACUACAGUGUCUUUAGAGGGACACAGUAAAACCCCAUCUCUGCUCACAGGAGAGAGGCAGUUCUCCCAUCCCAAGAUGAUCCCAGAACCAGGCUAUAUCCAAUCCCCGUCCACAUACAUGGAGCCUGACACUCGCACAGGCCUCAGCACUAAGGCAGUCCUGACAGAGAAACAGGGAGGUAAUGUUUGGGAGAUACCUUCACAUGUUAAAGACAUUAGAGGUCCAGUGAUGGUGAUGUCUGGUGGUGUGGUGGAGAGGAGGCUGGGGAUGGGGUUGGCCCACCCUGAAGGGGUACUGCUGGAGCCGGUCGGGUCCUUGUUUGAGGCUAGCAGAGGGCUGGACAGCGGGUUGGAGAUGGCCAGUCAUUCCAGCAUCAGCCAAGUGGACAUCAGCGACGAUGAGGACGAUGACAUCACAGACAUCACUUCUGGAAUCUUGGCCGACUUCUCGCUGGACUAUGCUGACGAGGUCGGAGACGAUAUAAGCCCCGCCCACCACCGCCACGGACGCUCCCUGCAGAACCCGGUGGGAACCCCCGACUCCGUGGACACCCUGAACAUGCUGUCGCUGUCGUCGUCGGUUACCGCCGCCAGCCCCUGUGAGUCCUUCAGCCUUGAUGACGUCUUUCUCCAUACCUCCUCCUCCCUCUCCUCCUCUUUCGCUUCCUCUUCUUUCACUUCCUCAUCCCUCCUUCCCAAGUCCCGGGACAGCGGCUACGACACAGAGAACAAUGAAAGCCCAGAGUUCAUCUUAAAGGAGGGAGGUGGGAACGGGGAGUUCCUAUUGGACUGCGUAGGAAACCACCAACAACAACAACACCCAGUCCUCGGUGGGAACCACCUCGCCCGCGGUGGGGUUAGCCUGGGGUCGAGGUCGGAUGAGAUGGUCCUUCAGCAGGUGGACCUGGGUGAUGGGGUUGGGGUCUCUCUGUGUACCUCUUCCUCCUCUGGCUGCACUGAGCUGCAGCUGAAGGGAAUGAGUGACAAGAAUCCGUACAUGGACUCUGCCUACUUCUCUGACUACGACGCGGAGAACGAGAGGAGUCCCCAGGAUGAAGGGAGUAACUUCUUCUCAAGUCCAGGAGAUAAGCAGGUCUUUGUGGGGCACACAGCCUCGAAACAGACAAUAAGGUUGGUGGGGAGAGAUGAACUCCGACCACAGACGGAGAGAGAGGACGGUUACCGUGACCUGACAAACCUGACAGGAAACACAAACAGAAACACAAAUGGAGUGGUGUUGUUUGACACUACCACAGGUUCCCCUCCCCCCUCCUCUCCCUCCUCCUCGGUCCCCGGCCCGUGCCUCUCCAUGCUGGCCCCCUUCCCCCCUCAGAUGGGGGGCUGCCUGGCCAAAGAAUCAGCCCCUGACGAAGCUGUAGGCCUGGAGUCUGAGCACAGCGGAGAGGAGCCGGCAUCUGGGUGCAGCUCCACCAUGGUGUCUGAGGGUUCCUCCAUGGUGCAGGAGGAUUCAGCCAGACACCCCAACCAGGAGAACCAUCACAGGGCCUCAGAGGAUGACUACUCCCCCAUCCAGUCCCUGGGCUCCGACUCUACCAUAGACUACAGAGAGGAGGUGAAGAAAGAGAAGGAGGAGGACGGGGAGGGAGAGGAGGACAUGCCAGAGUUUAAUCACGUCGACGAGGAUGGAGAGAAUGGAGAGAGAGGAGGAGAAGAGGAGGAGUAUGAGGAGGAGGAAGAAGAGGAGGAGGAGAAGGCGGGCUACAGCGAACACCAGAACGGUUCCGUUGGCCUCCUCACCUCCUCUCCGUCGCUCCUCGCCUGCUCCCCCUCCCUCCAGGAGCUGUGUCGGGAGGUAGAGAGGCGAGCUCCUCUAACGGAGGGGGAGGAGGAGGAGUCAGACGACAGUGAGUCAGACGAGGAGCUGCGGAGCUACAACCUGCAGGAGGAGCUGAGUGAGGAGGACAGUGAGGGGGAGGUGAUGGGGGUGCCGGUGGUGGUGAGCGAUAGCAGUGGGGCCAGAAACCUCCGCAGCCUCCUCAAGAUGCCCGCGCUCCUCACACAGUCCUUCUGCGACGAGCUGCACAGGAAGAAGAAAGCCGUGUCCUUCUUUGAUGACGUCACCGUCUUCCUGUUCGACCAGGAGAGCCCCACAGGAGAGCUGGCUGACUUCACGUUUCCCCCAGGAGCAGAGUUCAGCGGCCAGGCCUCGGGCGGGGAGAACCCACAACCGGACCUCCAGCCCCACCCCACCAUGGGCCACCACCUCCACCCCACCAUGGGUCACCACCUCCACCCCCCGGAGAGGGCACCACAUGCCUCAGAGGACUCUGAUGGCAACAUGUCAGAAGAAGGUGGAGGGUUUGAGUGGGAGGAUGACAUCCCAUUGAUGACCAGCCCGUUGUCCAGCCCGUCUACAGCUGAGCCACCGGUCUCCGAUCCCAUCCCGGUCCCCAUCCCUGUCCCGGUCCCUGCUGCCAAGCCUCCCGAGGACAAGCCGGUAGCAGCAGCAUCACAGUUCCCCCGUUUCAGCGUGUCCCGCUCCCGCUUCUCCAUCACACACGUCCCCAACCCAGACAUGAACUCAGCCGGAGGGAGCAGUGAAGAAGGAGAGAGGGAGUGGAAAAAGGAGUGAAGAGGUCUUCUCCAUGACAGGAGGAGGGUGUAUACCUCCUCUCCUAGUAUGACUACCAGGUGUUCAGACCUGGGAUCUCCAGCACCUGUUGACCCCUGUAUGAGCCAGUGCCUCAUAUCGUAGUGAAACAACAGCUACGUCCCGAAUGACACCCUGUUCACUAUGGGUCCUGGUCAAAAGUAGUGGAAAACAUAUGGAACAGGGUGCCAUUUGGGACGCAGACAAACACCUUAAACGGUUCCUUCUCUUCAAUUUUUUAUUAUUACUCCAGAGAGAGAGAGAGAGAGAGAGAGACAGAGAGAGAGAGAGAGAGAGAGAGAGAGAGA